ACCCUGAAACUUCCGGUAGAUCAAAGCAAAAGCGAACCUAGAGACAAGAAUUAGUAAGUAGGGGGUGAGAGAGGAGAGGUGAGGAGAGAGAUAGAAAGAUUAAAUUAUCCUUCAGUCUUCAUCUCCAGCAGUCGAAGAAACAAUUUCAUCGAAACGGUCGGUCACCGAAGGCGCUAGACAUGGUGAAGAUCAGUUUCCAGCCAUCCGUUGGCCAGAAAACCGAGAAGGAUGAGAAAGAUGGAGAGAAAACGGAGAUUCUCAUACCUCAUCCGCAUGAAGAGUUGAUUCUUCCCAUCCGCCCCAAAAAGUCCUCUCUGAACGGCCUCUGCUGCCUGACCUUUGGGCUGGUGCUCUUUAUGUCUGGUCUUGUGCUGGCGUCCAUCUAUGUCUACAGGUACUACUUCAUUGCUCAGGUCCCGCAGGAGAACAUGUUCCACUGCCGUGUGCUGUACGAGGACUCAGUCUACGCCCCACUCAGAGGCCGUCAGGAGCUGGAAGAGAACGUGGGCAUUUACAUCGACGACAACUACGAGCAGAUCAACGUCCCCGUGCCUCACUUCGGAGGAAGCGAUCCUGCCGACAUCAUCCACGACUUUCACAGGGGUCUGACAGCCUACCAUGACAUUGCACUGGACAAGUGCUAUGUCAUCGAGCUCAACACCACCAUCGUGAUGCCUCCGCGGAACCUCUGGGAGCUGCUGAUAAAUGUCAAGAAGGGGACGUACUUGCCACAGACGUACAUCAUCCAGGAGGAAAUGGUCGUCACUGGGAGGGUCCAUAACAUGCGUCAGCUGGGGGCCUUCAUUUACCGUCUGUGCAAUGGCAAGGAGACUUACCGGCUGAAACGCAGGAGCAGCAGGAGACGUAUUGAUAAGCGAGAAGUACAAAAAUGCCACAGGAUUCGUCACUUUGAGAACACUUUUGUGGUAGAAACUGUGAUCUGCGAUAAGGCCUAACACCUUGCUGGUUCUUUUGCCAAUGUGAAAAAACUCUGAUACUGUAGCCAUCUCUUGUGUGUUUUGUUAACUGCACUUUAAGCGUUGUAUUGUACCUUGUUUUUGGGGAGUUCUGUCUACUCUGAUUUAGUUUGUCUUAUUUUAGAAUUUGUUUCUGUCUCACUAUUUUUUGUAGUUUGUUACAAGACACACAUGGCAUUUUUGAGUGUUUUUUUAUUUUUCGAAGCAACAUUUAGUAUGUUGAACAAGUAUGCUGUAAAAUUUAACAAGGAGUUAGAUUCCAGCAUUGUACUACCAGGGUUAAACACUGUCAGAUUUGAACCAAAAAAGGUUCCAUUUGUUUGUUUUUUUCUCGUCUUUGCUUUAAGUCCUUCAUAGGAAACUUAGUGCACUUUUUAGACAGUAAUAAGACUAUUCUGUGUGCAGAUUCACAAUGCAUAUUUUGCAGCACAUUUUGUUAAAUGUUAAUUUUUGUGUGAGCACAAUUUAUUUUUUAGAUUUUUUUCUUUUGGUUUUUCACAUUUUUAUAAGAAAAAAACACUAUGUCCUUCUUCUCUUCCAACUCGAUUGACCUGUUAUACAGUUGUCUUAGUCCCAUUAAAUCCAUCAGAAUUAUUUUCUUAUGGUGGGAAACAAGCAUGAUUUUCUAGAUAUUUAGAUCCGGAGUUCUACAUCACCAUAUAUAUAUUAUAUAUCAAGAAAUUAUACUGACAUAUAAGGGACAAAAAUUGGUUACGUCUUUCAUUUGGCUGAACAUGUGGCUACAUUUUAAAGAAUUGAUGGGAUUUGCUUUUGUCAAAGGAGGAGGGCAGCCAAUAGUGGUGCAUAAAGUGUGGAUUUUAGGUGUUGUAACAUCCUUUCUUUGACUAAGAAAAUGUCCUGAAGGGAAAUGUUUGGUAUCUUUAUUACCACAAAAAAAAACUUUGGUAAUCACUUAUUUUGGUUAAGAGUGGCGUUCAAUAAACUAAAGGCAUCCAUUGAACAGUAAAUAAUUGCCGUCCCUUAAUUCCUUUUUCGUUUUUUUCCCCCUCUUUCUAUGUAUCCUUGUAACCGCUUCUGAAUAGUCAACCAACUUCAUUUUUUUCCCCCAAUUUCUUAUUGCGUGAUUUUAGUGUCCUAUUUUAUCGUGCUGAUACUUUUCAAAAUGCACCGCUUUUCUCUCUCCCUCCCUCCUCUUAAGACCGGAACUUAGUCAGGCCCUGUUUGAUCCGCUGGGCAUUAGCAAAGUAAAACAAAUUUCUGAUUUUACCAGGUGAGCAUUCAACAGCAUAUAAGGUACUGAACGUGCCCAAAAGACCCUGGUUCAUGGAGUCCCACAUGUACCUAAUUAGUGCAAGAAACCAGGCAUUAUAUCCACAUUAAUGGUUUCAUGUUUUCAUUUACAAAUCUGUAGCCAUCAGUUUAGAGAACUAGUGCCAGUUUCACUCCUUGUUGAGGUUCUGAUAUUGGGAAUGUUCCCCUGUACAUUUUUUGAGUAUGUUCACUUUAUCCCUGUUUUUUUUGGUCAUGAAGACUUGUUUUUGUCUUUGGUUUUCUUCAGUUUGCAUGUUUGUUUCCCCAGAUCCUGCACUGUACGAACAUUUUAUAAUACUAUGGGAAAAAAGCCUUAGUUCAGUGAUGAACUAAAGUAAUUGCUAUUGUAAGGGAAUUUAGUAUUAAAUGUCUGUAUAUGAAACCUUCAACCCGUCUGUUACUUUUGUCUGCUAGUAAUCCCUAUCUAUUAAUAAAGAAGUAAAUACUA